UCACUCAGUUAUUGUUAGUUAGGGGAAACAAGAGCGUUUUCAGUAUAGUCAGCAGUAUUUUAGUGAAAAUCAAGGUUUUGUUGAAAAGGCAUUUUUUCAAAAAUGUAAGAAGUAUGAGGACUUUAUAUGCUGUUCUGAUCUAUUUCUUCAAUAUUCAUCGAAUAUUCAACAAUUUUUCCACAGGAAGAAUAAAAAUUAGUAACAUUAAUUUAAACCGUCAUAUUUUCAGUAUCGUCAUAAUUUCAAUUACAAUAAGGAUGAUAUUUCAUUUUGCACAUUUUACCCUUCCUAAUGAAUUGAAAUAUUGUUAUUGGAAAUCCCUAGAACAUCCAGAAUUCAUUAAUCCAAGUCUUGAAUACUGGACUGCGUGCAUGUCAUUUUAUGUGGAAAAAACGCUUUUGAUGGCUAGAUCCAAGGAAAUGAAAUCACCAGUAUUGAAAAUCACGUCGCUUAUGAAACUCAACGGAUCUGAUCGAGUAGUUUUGACCCACUAAAGGACGUGGACCUAUCCAGGCCUCUGUCAUGUGUCAAUGUCAUUGUCAGCUGAUUUCACCUUAGAUUUUUACUUUCGACAAUUCUGGACUGACCCUCGACUUGCCUUUCGAAAACAAACUGGCGUCGAGACGUUAUCUGUUGGUUCCGAAUUCAUCAAGAACAUCUGGGUCCCCGACACCUUUUUUGUAAAUGAGAAAAAAUCAUAUUUUCACGUGGCAACCACGUCCAACGAGUUCAUUCGUAUUCAUCACUCAGGAUCAAUCACUAGGAGCAUUCGGUUAACCAUCACAGCAUCAUGUCCCAUGAAUCUACAGUAUUUUCCCAUGGACCGUCAGCUUUGUCAAAUAGAAAUAGAAAGUUUUGGAUAUACCAUGAAAGAUAUCCGCUACAAAUGGAACGAGGGACCCAACUCAGUAGGCGUUUCUAACGAAGUAUCUUUACCACAAUUCAAAGUUCUAGGGCACAAACAAAGAGCAUCAGAAAUUAGUCUUACAACAGGAAACUACUCCCGACUGGCUUGCGAGAUCCAAUUCGUGCGCUCGAUGGGUUACUACCUCAUCCAGAUCUAUAUUCCUUCGGGACUAAUCGUCAUCAUCUCCUGGGUCAGCUUCUGGCUGAACCGUACGGCGACACCGGCCCGUGUACAGCUAGGUGUCACCACUGUGCUCACGAUGACCACGCUGAUGUCGUCUACGAACGCUGCACUGCCCAAGAUAUCGUACGUCAAAUCGAUUGACGUCUACUUGGGGACUUGUUUUAUUAUGGUUUUCGCUAGCUUAUUAGAAUAUGCAACGGUUGGUUACUUAGCAAAAAGAAUACAAAUGCGUAUGGAUCGCUUCAAGGCAAUCCAAGCAAUGCUUCAGCAGAGAAAAUUGGUGAACGGUGGUCAAGAUGCUGCAGGACACGCUCCAAAACAAGCAGAGGUGCGAUACAAAGUGCACGACCCGAAGGCACACAGUAAAGGAGGCACUCUGGAGAGCAAAGUUAACUGCUCCAGGUCACAUAGCGCAGCACCGGACGAAGAGUUGGGCCUUCCCCAUCAUAUCCUGAAGCCGGACAAACAAAUCAACAAACUCUACGGCACAACGCCCUCUGAUAUCGACAAGUAUUCCAGAAUUGUGUUUCCUGUUUGUUUCGUCUGCUUCAACCUCAUGUACUGGAUCAUCUAUCUACACAUCUCCGACGUUGUGGCAGAUGAUUUAGUCCUUCUAGGAUCUGAGUAGAUGGAUUUUUUUUGUUCUUAUUUGAUUCUGUAUGUAUUGCAUAUUAGGUGGUUUAGAAUUGAAUGAGGAACGUGAAAUCAAGGCAUAAUUGGAUGCUCUAUAAAUAACUUAACAAUUCUUCUGGACCAUAAAAUUUGCGCGUUGUAAAUAGACGGUUUUAUUCUCGAGAUGAGAAUAACGAAAAAUGAAAUACUAAAACCGAAUUUAUAUAAGUAUAUAGAAAUAAAUAACAUAGGAAUCCAAACGUUGACAAAAUUCGACGAAUUCAUUUUUUUUCUUUCGCAUAUUAUGCCAUUUCAAUAACAAAUAGUUGAUUCUAAUUGGAAUAGAAAUCAAAUUCUUUCCAAAUAGAAUCAAAUACUCGUACUCCUACUUCUAAACCACCAAAUAGAUCCAAAUAUCUCUAGUAGAAUAUUCAAAAGGUUUCUGUUCGACUUCGAAAACAAAAUAUGAAAUUUCUCUAUUGUGCGAAUAUUAAAGAGAACGGAUUUUUUGCAAUCUCUUGAUCGAGUUUUUCGAAGGAAAAGAAAUUCAGCAUUCCAACUGGAGAAAAGUCUUAAAUUCUCAUUUAAAACGCUUUUUCUACUACAUAUUAGCGAUGACAAUAUUUAAAAUUCGCACAAAUAAUUUAUAAAAUUCGUAACUGGUGCACAAUUCAACAUUAUUCUCUCGAAUUUUUUUGAUGUUAACAAAAGGUUGUGAAAAAAAUCUAACUACUUCAAAUCGUAUAAGUUAGAGAUUCUAGAAAAAGAAAAGUCAAAGAUUUAUAUCUGAAAUGUUUUAUCGAUAAACAUCCACCUGAGACAAUGAAUAUUAAAUAAGAUAUGACAAAAAAUUUAAUGCUCAAAAAUAAUUAUCAAUCGUCCCUGUUCGAGAGAAAUCUUCAGAGUUUGUUCAGUUGAAAAUUGCAUUAAUUCAGUUGAAAAAAGAUAUCAUUCGUCUGUAGUUAAUCCUUAAAACCAUGAAGACGAUCAGAAAACGUAAUGUCUCCAGGUUUUCUUUGGCUACUAUCAAUUUUAUACAUUUAAGUAAUCGAAUGUUCUGUAGGAAUACUUCUAUUGGGACUCAUUUGACCAUCUUCAAUAUACUCAAAAAUCUUCUUUAUAACGAAGUUACACUAACCCAAAUUGGGUACCGAACAUAAAAUGACAUUUCGAAAGACUAUAAUCAUAUAUGUGAAAAAAAUGUAUGAAGUGAGAGUUUUGGAGUGUACAGGUAGUAGAAAAUUGCAUUAAUAUUCGGCGUGGUUAGAACAUAAAUUAAAUCGCUGGUAAAAAUUGGUUUUCUUUCAAAUCUAUCUUGCGUUGUCGGUUUCAAAAAUAAUUUAUUGCAGAUCUGCCAAAAGUGAAUGAGUCUGAAAUAUAAUAGUAUUCUGAAGGUGCCUACUCAAUCUGAAAUGCGCUACACACGAAACGAUUGAAUCGAAUGAUCGAAACUGUAGACCAAGAUCGUGAUUUUCUUAACACACGUUCUGUUCAUAUCUUGUGUCGUAACUUUGGAUUGUCGAUCAGAUCGACCAGUUUUUCUCCACUCACGUUCGAUCCAGACUGAAGAUCUUGACCUGACGAUCGCCGCAGCGUGGUGCAGGGAAAACUGACGAUCUGUAAAUCUAGUAGGCACCUCAAGCGAAAUAUGACAGUCGAAUUGUAAUAAUAUUAGUAAAACUCAUAGAUUACUCGAUAUUAUUUCGUGUAAAUUGAUGUUAUCUUCGGAGUCUUUCAUAACAGCGGAUCUUUGUUGUUUAUUUAUUGUUGAAAUACGUCUCUAUUGAAUUUCCCUUUUAUCUAUACAGAAGUUUAAUCCUGUUGAAUGAUUUUGUAGUUUAGAUUUAUGAAAGUUGUGUUUUUCUGAAAUAUUUGUACAUAAAGUAUUUUUUUAAAAUACCCCAUCUUUAGCACUUGCUUUUCCCAAUUUACUCUUAGACUUUUUGAGCACAUACCAGCCUGAAUCAGAGCAGUUUUGAUAAUUAGGCACUAUACAAAAUGCGAAUGUUUUAUCAAAGAAAUUUUGAUUCACCUAAUUAUCGAUUCAGCUCUUCUGUGUGAAAAAUGCAAUAUGAUGCAAUAUAAUGAUAAGUGUACUUUAUUAGAGAGUUAGUUAUACAUAGUGAACUUAUAUAGAUAGGUAAUGAUUGUACAUAUAUACCCACGAUAAAAUAAGCAUUAGAAACACCUUACCUACUCACCUUUGAAACUUAAAAUGGGCACAUUACAAAUCAAAAUAUUAUACCCGUUCAACUACUGUGAACCGUAAAAGUAUGUUUCUUAAUAUACUCGAAACUAGUACCAAUUUCAUAAUGAAUUCUGACAGAAUUUGUCUCGCAAUGUAAGUCGUUUUUCCCUUUCUCAGUUCUGUUCACGAAUUCAAACAAGGAAAAGAUGUGGUAUUUGAUGAGAGGAAUACUAUGGCGUUGGAUUUAAAGAACUGAAAAAGCUCACUACCCACUUCUUAAUAAUUCAAACCAAACAAUCUUAUUUUUGAAUAUUCAAUGAAAUUUUUUAAAACAUAUAAUAUUAAAAUUUUACAUUAUUGUUCUCUCAAAAUAUAGAGACAAUAUACCUAUGGUGAAAUAGCAGUGGGCAGUAUAUUUUUUUGGUUCUUCUAUUUGAUGUACCGAAUGUCCGAAAUGAAGGACGGAAAAAUUUUCUGUUAAAAAAUGUACCUACACUUCUAAGACAAUUUAUGAUAUUGUUUUAAUUAUUAUCAGUUGAGUUUUUAGCCAUAACGUGAAAUAAUUUAUUUAAAUAGUUUAACAAACGUUGUAGUGGGCAAUAGGAGCAACAAAUUAAUUUUGAUAUUAUUUAAAGUUAUUCGUAUUCGUUUUUAAAUUAAAUAUAGAGUACUGGUCUUUUAUCAGCAAAUACUCUAGCAAGAUCGUAAAAGUUCGACGGAAACAUAGCCUAAGGGCUCAAAUUUGCUAUGCUUCCAUCCAACUUUUGGAUAAGUUUGUGCACCUAUUGUUCAUGAUUGAAAUAUUCUAAAUAAUUACAUAAUAUGAUAGUGCACACAUUCAAAAUGGAAAGAUUGCAAGAAAUAUUGGAAAUACUAAAGGGGGUUAGUAUUGUUCUAAAGAAAUGUGCAUUGCGUAAACAUAUAUAAUUUGUCGUUUUUAUUUUAAUAAAAAAAUGAAACGAG